CAGGCUGAGAAUGCGGCUGUCUGACAAUGCGGCAGCCAGCGCGCAUGCGCCACAUUACAGGAAGUCUGCUAACGUUUUCUUCUACCAGCUGAGAGCCAAACUGUCAACAGUUAAACCUGCGAUACCUGCGCCGCCGAAGCAACAACACACGAGAAUCAUCCAGGCGAGGAGGAAGAUCACAUCCUGAAACUGUCUGCGAGACCGUGAUCGACAUCCCAGAAGCCGCUGUCUCGGCCCCAGGGAGGAGCCCCCCCCCCACAGCCUGCCACCGCCCCACCAGCGUCGCUAUGAGCUCCAGAGGGAGCGGAGGCCGCUCCAACGGCACACUUCCACAGACCAAGAUCUGCCAGUUCAAGCUGGUGCUGCUCGGGGACAUGGCCGUGGGAAAGUCCAGCCUGGUUCUGCGUUUUGUCAAGGGGCAGUUUGACGAGUUCCAGGAGACGACCAUCGGAGCCGCCUUCCUGGCUCAGUCUGUGUGUCUGGAUGACACCACAGUGAAGUUUGAGAUCUGGGACACUGCAGGACAGGAGCGGUACCACAGCCUGGCUCCCAUGUACUACCGCGGCGCGCAGGCUGCCAUCGUGGUGUUCGACAUCACCAAGCCGGAGACGUUGGAGAGGGCGAAGGCCUGGGUGAAGGAGCUGCAGCGGCAGGCCAGUCCCAACAUCGUCAUCGCGCUGGCUGGGAACAAGGCUGACCUGGCAGAGAAGAGGCUGGUGGAGUAUGAGGAAGCCCAGACGUACGCAGAGGAUACCGGCCUGCUCUUCAUGGAGACGUCCGCCAAGACGGCCAUGAACGUCAACGAGCUGUUCCUGGCCAUUGCAAAAAAGAUGCCAAAAACAGACACCCAGAACCCGACACACGCAGCACGACAUCGUGGAGUGAACCUCCAGGACCCAGACGCCCACUCAAGCCGAGCCUGCUGUGGUGGCAACUAGAGCCCACACGUCCGACCCGUAUUCCAUCACUAUACGCCACAGCCCUUCAACCAUCCGGUCCCCUUCCACCAACCUACACGAGGUGGGCUGGAAACAGGGAAACCCAAAAUCUGCACACCCCCUCCCUUCAUUCAUCAGAGAUUCAGAGCUGAGAAGAAGCGAAACAGAGAGAAGAAGAAAAGCCCAGUGUUUGACACGCGGUUCCGGUGGUUCUGCAUCUGGAAAUGGCUCGUGGAGGUAAAUUGAGGACCGAGAUGGAGACGAGGAAAAUAAAGGUGGUGGAAGACACUGUCAAACCUGUUGUAGUAGUUAGAUCCAGUUUUCUUUCAUUUUCACUCUGCCUUGCAGCGUUUCAGCCACAGCCCUGUUCGCUUGUGUAACGAUGCACAAACUGAGCAAGACAGGAAGGGGAAAAACGUCCAGGGCAUGAAAUGAGCCCAGCAGCUGCUUUCUCGCUCGCUUUUCCACCGCCUAGUCUUGAAUCGAUCAAAUCCUGCUGUGAAUAUUGCCACGUGUUAUAGCCCUGGUAUAGUACUGCUACACUGUCCUGUCUGACGUUUCCCCUGGUGCCACCGACACUGUCCACAUCAGAGGUAACGUUUGUCCAACAUAAGCCAACUUGUGCUUGCUUGCUGUUUAGACUGAUGGCAUCCAUUCCACUCUGCCCAUGUGUCCAGACAAGAUCCAUUAUUCAUAGUUCAGAUCUGAAGAAAGGAGCUUGAUUUUACAUUGUGUUUCUCAAAGAUGACGUUUUGUUCAGUAUGUUGCUUGGGUGCUCAAGAGUAAAGCAGCACCAGAUUUUUGUUAAAAUAGUCUUGAUACCGACUCCCAGCAGCGUUAUGACUACAACAGUAGGUCCUGGUUUGCCUUUCAGUGUUCGUUUUCACCCGGAAUUUAACUGGACAUUGAUCAACAACGGCAGACAGGAAGCACAGGCCCCCUGCUGUGCACUGGUUUGAAACCUCAGCAGCCCUGCUAAGCCACAUCCAGGUUAAUGGCUACUUCACACACAGAUCUACAGCACAUCUGCUCACUUCCCAGUCCAGCUGAUUUGGCUUCUUAUGCACCUUGAUUUGGUAUCAAGACCAGAUUUAGAAAAUCCUACACCAGUUUUUCAUGUUUGCUAUAGUAUGUACGUUUCUACACAGACCAAACAUCCCUCAAACCCAAAGGACAAACACCCACUGAGCUCAGCUCAGACUAAUAAUAUAAUAUAUUGGGAAGAUAAAAUUCAACUUGUGCCCUGUUGGAAAGACUGUUGCUCAUGUUUUUAUAAAUCUCCUGUCUUAAGAUGUUGGAGAACCUGGAAUCACAGUGACCGUAAAGGGUUUUACUGCUUGAUCCAAGGUGUUGUGCUGGACUGCUCUGUUAGAAAUUGUUUAGGAACAAAAGGAGCAAAGAAAUGCUGACAACACAAAAAACAGAAGUGCCUAUUUCCAGUUUUCUUUGUUAAUCAUGUCUGAGGCUUCUGUGUUUGCAAAGUGGAAAAGGAAAAAACAAGCAUAAACGCUAACUUGGCACCAUGUCAUUACUUUGUAUGGAUGUGAGGAGAUCUUGUCGAAGACACUGUAUGUUAUUGUUUUAAUUUUAACCAGUGGAUGUUAGCAGAGCACACUAAUGAAAAUGGAACAGCUGUUUGAACGGACUGAUCAAUGUUAUAAAUCUGUUUGGUUUGAACAAACA